AUAGUGAUAUUAAUGCCAUACCAUCAUAUCACCCAGCUGUUGGCUGUAGGGCCUUUGGCAUCUUGCACUUAUGUGCUCCUAUAAUAACUAAAACAUUUCUCUUUGGCUUUGUAGAACGGCAACAGCUUCCAUGUGUUUGACCAGGGCAGGUUCUCCAAAGAAGUGCUUCCUAAAUACUUCAAGCACAACAACAUGGCCAGCUUUGUUCGACAGCUCAAUAUGUAUGGUUUCCGUAAAGUGGUCCAUAUUGAGCAGGGUGGCUUGGUGAAGCCUGAGAAAGAUGAUACAGAAUUCCAGCAUCCCUACUUUCUCCGUGGACAGGAGCACUUGCUGGAGAACAUUAAGAGGAAGGUGUCCAAUAUUAAGCACGAGGACCUGAAGCUGAGCCCAGAGGACGUGAGCAAAAUGAUCUCAGACGUGCAGCACAUGAAGGGAAAGCAGGAGUCAAUGGACACCAAAAUCAGCACCCUGAAACAUGAGAAUGAAGCUUUGUGGAGAGAAGUGGCCAUGCUGAGGCAGAAACAUGCCCAGCAACAGAAAGUUGUAAAUAAGCUCAUCCAGUUCCUUGUCACAUUGGCACGGACCAACAGGGUUCUCGGGGUGAAAAGAAAGAUGCCUCUGAUGUUGAAUGACAGCAGUACAGCACACUCCAUGCCUAAAUACAGUAGGCAGUACUCUCUGGAGCCUUCACCCAAUCUCUCUUCCCCUGGAGCGACUUUCACAGGAACUGGCAUCUUCUCCACUAAUGCACCUGUCAAGACUGGCCCGAUCAUCUCUGACAUCACAGAUCUGGCUCAGUCCGGCCCCGCUAGUGCAGAAGAGUGGAUUGAGGAUAGGACAAGCCCAUUGGUGCAUGUAAAGGAAGAGCCAUUAAGCCCCACUCAUGGUUCUGAGGUAGAAGAAGUGUGUCCUGUGGAGGUGGAGGUUGGGGCAGGGUCCACUUUACCUGCAGACACGCCCCUUUCCCCUACCACCUUUAUUAACUCCAUUCUGCAGGAGAGUGAACCAUCACCUGCCCCACCUCAGCCCCCAUCACAACAGCAAUGCUUAAGCGUGGCGUGUUUGGACAAUUCCUCCCAGACGUCUGAGGUGUCCCACCCUUUUCCCAGCCUCUCCUCUUCGUCUUCUCACCUCAGAUCACAUCCACGGAGUGAGCUCAGCGAGCACGUGGACAUCAUCGACAGCGGCUUGGAAAACCUGCAGGCAAUCUUAAAUGUGCAGUCCAUCAACUUUGAUUCCUCACCACUCUUUGAUAUCUUCAGUUCAAACACUGGCGCUGACUUCGACUUGGACAGUUUGACAACUAUUCAGGAGUUGCUGUCAGAGCCUUCCAGAGACACAGAGUGUAGUGACAGCAUUAAACCAGGAAAGCAGCUGGUUCAGUACACAGCUCAGCCAGUGGUGGUGCCCGACCCCAUGACCACCGAGAACACGGGCGAGGAUCUGCCCAUUCUGCUCGAGCUGGAGGGAGACUCUUAUUUUAGCCCAGACCCUGCUGAUGAUCCUACCAUCUCACUCCUGACCACUGACUACGAAACCACAGGACCUGAAGACCCCAAGCUAUAGUAGAAAAAACAGCUUAUAAAAAAGGCAUUUGUGUGUGUGUGUGUGGUUGGGGAGAUUUUUUUGUUUUUCUGUGUUUUUUGUUACAAUUAUCUAUGUUAAAAAUCACCAUUUUUCUUUCCUGGCCUGUUUGCUCUUUUAAAAUCAUAGCCCCCUGACAGCAAUAGCAGAAUAUCUUUCAGCACAGUUUCACCAUAUCCAUAUUGGUCAUAAAAUCAGUGCAUCAGGCUCUUGUUUCAUUACAUACCUCCGCAGCAGGCGAGUAGUUGAAGCCCUAAUCUGGAAUUCCCAGAACAGCUCUGUGGUCAUGACUAGUGCUGAGCAUAUUAACUGAGGAUAUGCAAUUGUAUGGACUGACUCAUUAAUUUAUAUCAAUCAAUUCAUAUCAGUAGAAUAUGAAAUAAUGGUGUGCUAGGAAUAUAGUCGUAACAUGUCGAGCUAUAAUGUAGUUAUAGCUAAAGAAAAAUCAUCUUAUAAAUACAUGAAUGCUUUGCUUUGUCAGAUCUUUCACACAGGUUUUCGUGCACCUUGUUUGCCAGUGGUGGUGAUUCCUGAGUGGGGCUUUAACUAACAUGUAUAACAGAACAUAUAUUCUACAGAUAAUCUUAGAUCGAGUAUUGAUCUGUCUUCACUGAGCAUGCAGAGUGUGUGUUUUUUUUUUGUUUUUUUUUUUAUUAAAUGGAUUGUGUUGUGCAAGCGAUAUUCUCAGAGAUUGUUUGUCCCUUCACAGCGGGUAUUGAGUAAAGACUGCUCCACACAGCUGUUUUUAAAUCACAGGGAAGCUCCUCAGAUCUCAUUGUUUAAGACCUGCGAGUGGACCUGACAUUACUGUAGCUUUUGAGGUCAGGCUUGUCCCAAAACAGUGUAUUUAAUUCUCAUAUGACUCUUGAACUUGCACUUAUGUCUGUAUCUUAGUAUAUGGUUUUUAAAAGUUGCCAAGAGAUUUUAAUUUGCAGCAUUUGUUGCGAAUGCUGUUGUAUCAUCUCACUGAUACUGAUAUUUUAAAAGAAUAUACAGGAAUAGAGCUUCAUUGACAAGAUGACUUGGCAGGAACCACCCAAGCUGCAGUGAACAGCUAAAACACAGUUCCAGUACACAGCACAUGUAGAAUGUAAGGUAUUGUUGCAAGAGUGCUUUUUUUUCCAGAUAAGCUUUUAAUUGAACUGAGUGUGUGAAAGCUGAUGCUACAUCUGGAUGACAUUAAAAAUGUGUUGUGAUCCAGGCCCUGUUUCACAUUGGCAUCAAAUUUUGAUGCAGUAUAUUCAUCUGCUAGAUGAUCAUAAUUUUUUUCCCCCUCGAUGUGUAUUGAGUAUUGAGUUUUCAGCGUAGACAGGAAGGAGACAGGUGUAAAUGAGGGUGGAGACGAUUGUGAGAAUAAAGCGAGCUCAAUUUCUUACCAGUGGAAAGUCUACUGCUUAUAUAGAGGCUUUGUUCAUGGGUCACCAUGUCACCAGCUCAGGCUCAAAUGUCUGCUUUGUUCAUUUUCAGUUUGUAAAGAUGUGCAGUGUUGUAGCACAUAGGCUUUCUGGUUCAUUUUUUUCAGCCACAGAUACACAUAAGUUCAGUCUAACAAGCAGAUUAAAGCAGCAGUGUCACUGUUUGAUUCUUUAUAAAUACAGGUCCAUGACUACAUGCAGAGCUCGGUGAAGAAUUUGCUUUAAUAGGCAGACAGUUAAUUGAUGUCUGGUUCCCACCUCGUUACCGGAUAGAUCCAGAUUCAGUGUGAAGUUCAUAAUUUCACUGUGUGUCUAAAAAAGGUGUCACUAAAAAGAUGUGUUGUCAUCAUAACACACAGGACAUCAGUAACUGUGGCUUAGGUUGAGUGUACAUGUUUAAGCUUAUUGUACAAAUUAGCCUGAAUGUAAUUGAUUACUGAUGUGUUGUUAAUUACUGGCUGGGCUGCUUCUUCUAAUAGCAGUAUGCCACACACCUUUUUAUUCUGGAGAAAAGGAGACAACUCUGGUAUGACAAGACAAUUCUGCAAGAUUGAAGCGAGUCAUGAUUGGAAAUGUUAUUUUUUUGUACACAUAUUGCCCCCUGGUGGCUCUGAUUGGUCCAGCAUUGUUUUUUUUAAAGCAGAGAGCAAUGUGGUGUGAAGACCGCAGGAAUAUUAUAUAUAAUAUAUUAUAUUGUUUCUCAUUUCUAAUAUUACAAUCAUCCAGCUCAAUUUAGUUAUUAGAUAUCUAUAAUAGAGACACGGCUAAAUUAUUUUCUUACGCAUGUGAACAAUACUUUGUGUAUGUUUCAAAUAAAAUGUUUUGAAAGUAA